AAGGAUUGCAGUAUGAUACAGUGUGGUAGAGGAUGUAACACAAGCCUGGCUUCAGAGGAAGAGUACAAGGAUGGUACACGAUAGAAUACAUUUGCGGCAGAUGGGGGGGGACUGUACUGUACAUACCAGAUAGCGCCGAAAUCCGAGAUAUGACGGGCUUGCAAGGAAGAGAAAAGGCUUCCUUUCAAUAUUUAGCGUCAGGUACAGCGCAUCAGAGAGGAUGACGACCAGGGCAACCAGGACAACCAGGGCGACCGGACGAGGACGACCGGACGAGGGCGACCAGGGCGACGAGGAGACCAGGACGACGCCUUUGUCUCCACACCCGUUUCAAAACAUGCGUCAGCGAGGUCCACUACGGAUGGCAUACCAGCGCGUAAGCCAAUGAUGGCGGGACUGAAGCGUCAAGAACUGUGCGACGAGAUAUUCAACACCGACCUCCUCAUCGACCUCCUCAUCGACCUCCUCAUCGACCUCCUCAUCGACCUCCUCAUCAACCGCAUCCAACACCGACCUCCUCAUCAACCGCAUCCGUGUUGUGUCCUGUGCUACUGUACUGUCGAUGCGCCGUGUAUCUCCACUCCCUAUCCCCAAAUCCCACGCCCCAGCCCCGCCCCACGCCCCAGACCACAGCAUCGCACAAUCCCAUACGCUCUCAUUCGACGUCACCCCGUCCUCCCCAUCCCACAGUCAGCAAGCGGUAAGCGGGUAGCGUUCCGGAACGACGCCAUGGUGGGACAGGCCACGUCCUCAGACAUGGGCUAG